CUACUUUGCAGUCUCCGCUGAAUUCCCAGGAUGGAGGCAGAGUCCCUUCUCCACAGUGGCUACUUCCACCCCGUGCUGCGCUCCUGGCAGUGCUCUGCAACCGCCUUCGAUGCUUCCAACCUCAUCUAUCCAAUUUUUGUCACUGACAGCCCUGAUGCGGUGGAGCCGAUCGCCAGCCUCCCUGGGCAAGCCAGGUAUGGAAUCAACAAGCUGGAGGGGAUGCUGCACCCCCUCGUCGAGGACGGCCUGAAGUGUGUGCUCAUCUUCGGGGUGCCCAGCAAGGUCCCCAAGGAUGCGAGAGGCUCUGCUGCGGAUGCAGAGGACACCCCUGCCAUCCAGGCAAUCAAAAAGAUCCGCUCCACCUUCCCGGAGCUGCUCGUUGCGUGCGAUGUCUGCCUGUGCCCGUACACGUCCCAUGGGCACUGUGGUAUCCUGCGUGAAGAUGGCACCAUCCAGAACGAACUCAGUUGCCAGCGGCUAGCAGAAGUGUCACUGGCUUACGCCAAGGCAGGCUGCCACAUCGUUGCCCCCUCAGAUAUGAUGGACGGGCGCGUCGCGGCCAUAAAGAAGGCGCUGAUCUCCAACGACAUGGGCAACAAGGUCUCGGUGAUGAGCUAUAGCGCCAAGUUUGCAUCCUGUUUUUAUGGUCCCUUCAGAGAUGCUGCGUUAUCCAAGCCUGCGUUCGGGGACAGGCGCUGCUACCAGCUGCCCCCGGGUGCCAGGGGCCUGGCCAUGCGAGCCGUGGACCGCGACGUGCGCGAGGGAGCAGAUAUGCUGAUGGUGAAGCCUGGGAUGCCCUACCUGGACCUCGUGAGGGAUGUCAAGGCCCGACAUCCCACCCACCCGCUGGCCGUGUACCACGUGUCCGGAGAGUUCGCCAUGCUGUGGCACGGCGCCCAGGCGGGUGCCUUCAACCUGAAGGCGGCCGUCGCGGAGGCCAUAACGGCGUUCCGGCGCGCAGGUGAACGCGGCAGCGCCCCGCGGGACGGGAGCCCCACGCGGGACAGGGCCGCACGCUACCCCACAAUACACGCAGCCUCGCUGUACCCUAAAUACAACCCUACGUGUCCUGGCUCCACCUGGUAUACCUAG